AUGCCAUCUGUUUUGAGCACUCGUAAAGAUACUGACAAGAAAGAAUAUUUAUUAUAUGAAACAAAACCAUUUCAACAAGCACGUGAACGUACUUUUCUAGUAUGGAAAUUAGGAUUAUAUCCAUGUCGAAUGAAAAUGAAAGAAGCUGGGUGGUUUAUUGUUCGUAUUGAAGAUAAUGAAUUUGUUUCUGUAUGUUUAUAUUGUAAAAUUGCAUGUAAAGGAUGGAAUUGUCAUCAUGACCCAUAUGAAGUUCAUAAAUUCUUAUCGCCAAAAUGUGUUUAUGUCUUAUAUGGUCGUACUAUACAAACACCAUCAUCAUCGAUUGUUGAGUCUAUGUCACGUCAUGAACAAACUCGACCAUCAAAACAUAAAAUGGCAAUAUUACCAGAAAGAAUAAAAUCUUUUGAACGAUGGCCACUUAAAACACUUCAUCCAUCGUUUGAUGCUCUUGCCCAGGGUGGUUUCUUUUAUAAUAAUAAAAAUACAACAACUCAAUGUUUUUCUUGUCAUUGUCAAAUAUCUAUCACAAAUAUAAGUGAUAAUCAUAUAUUAGCACAUACAAAUUCUUGUAAAUAUGCAAAACAUUUACAAAAUCAUUCAUCACGAAAUCCUCUUAAUAUACAAUCAUCAAAUAAAACUUAUGACUUCAAUAUAAAUCAAGUGAAUGAUACAACAUUCUAUUAUUUACAAUGCACUAGUGAUACAACAAUACCUGCAAUACUUUUAGCAACAAAAAUUAUUUUUCCAAAUGAACAAGAAUUAGAAAAAAAUUUAAAACAAUUACAUCCAAUUGAUCAUCAACAUCGAAAAAUUAAUAGAAUGACAAGUUCAGAUGGACCAUUGGUUAAUAAUUUAAAAACUUUAGCUAGAAACCCUGUUGAUUUAACAAAUACAGCGAAUAAUUUACAACAUUUAAUAGACGAAUCUACAAUAUUAGACAUGCAGACAACGUUUAAUUCAGUCUUUCAAUGUAAAACAUGUUUAACUAAUGAAGCUUCUCCUCAUAGUGUUCCCAUUGGUUGUGGUCAUAUAGGGCUUUGUUUAAACGAAUGUUUUUCAAAAUGGAACACUUGUGUUAUAUGUGGUUAUACUCUUGGUAGGUCAAUGCGUAUAUAUAAUGUCUAG